UUUAAUCACAGGUCAAAGUCUAUUGGUUGAAUGCUAUAGGAACAUACAUUUUAUGCUGGGGAAUCCCCAAUUCACAAACGCGUAUUAUUUCUAAGCAGGAAGUUCGUUAAAUUUGAUAAGAAGAAAUACAACGAAGGGAGUCAUAGGUACAGACAGCAUAGUAUUAUGGUUAAGUGGAUAAUUUUAGGACUAUUGGUAGUUACUUGUGUAGGUGUCAUUGCUGAUCGAGCAUCAACGUGGGAUUUCUGUAAUUGUCGAUUUCUUGAAUGGUCCACAUGGUCUUCUUGUACAAAACAAUGUUAUGGUAGGCAUUACAGAGACAGAUUGGUUCGACAUACAGUUAAAAAAGGGUGUACGGAAUUUACUGACUGUGCUACUCCUGGCUCAGGACACGAUUGGGAUGACUGCAACAAAUUUUGUUACAAUGGCGGUACAUACGUAUCUUCAUAUACUGGUUGUAAAUGUGUUGAUGGCAAAUAUGGUCGAUGCUGUGACAAAACUGUCACUUGUGCCACGCCCACCAAACCAGCCAAUGGAACAGUGUUAUACAGCAGUUUAACCUAUGGUAGCACUAUUACAUAUAGUUGCCAUGAUGAUUAUAAUAUGACGUCAGGUUUGUCCAGAAGAACGUGUCAGAAUAAUGGUGGUUGGAGUGGAGACGCUGCACGAUGUCAAUAUGUUAAUACAUGUUCCAGUAAUCCAUGUAAAAAUGGAGGAAGCUGUAUAAAUGGUGUAGAAAGUUAUACAUGUCAAUGUAACCCUGGUUGGAGUGGGAUUAAUUGUGAAAAUGAUAUUCAGCCCCCUGUAAUGACCGGAUGUUCUGAUGAUCAACUGAUUCAUACCCACGAAACGUCACAUAAUGUCACGUGGUCUAUCCCACAAUUCUCAGAUCCCAUGAAUAAGGAAAUCAGAAUGGUAACUAAUUACCCAGAAGGCUUUGUUGUGGCACCAUGGGGUGACCAUGUUGUUCAGUACGUGGCUACCAAACCAUUCAAUGGACUCCAAACGGAAUGUAAAUUUACUGUACAAAUCAGACCUAAUCCGUGUCCUGAACUAAACAUACCAAUUAAUGGUGCUCGUGUAUGUAAUGGAUGGAAGACAGAAUAUGCUAGAGUUUGUUUAGUUUACUGUGAUAAAGAAUUUACUCUUCAAUUGGGUUCAUAUUCUCCACAACAAUGGUAUGUUUGCGGAGCAACAGGCAACUGGUUACCAUCGGGACCUUUACCAAAUUGUACACUGCCUGAUAUCAAGAUUGGCUCGGCAAAUAACACCCCAGAUUAUCAGUAUAACAGUUGCCAUGACGAUUCUGUUAAACAGUCUUACAUACGUAGGCUCAAGUCGUCCAAUCAAAAGGCGUUGUGUGAUAAAAAUCCAGAUGAAUGUAAAUCAGAUAAUGUCUCUGUCGAUUGUUAAUAUUUCUCUUUAUAUCUGACGUCUAAAUAAGAAAUUCAUUAUUCUCAAUAUCAUCAUAAUACCAAAUGCCAAUUUUCUUUUUGAUUAUGUAAUUGAUUCCCUGAAAUCACUAUCUAUAGUGACUUAUUUGUCUACAAUCAAAGAAAGGUGUUUGAAUUUCCAUUUUCCAUGUUUUAAUGAAUACGGAAUUUAGCUACUGAAAUGACGUCACAGAUCAGACCCCACCUCCCUCAUUAUUAUUUUUUACAGAGGAUCGUGAUAUGGUGUUUUUUUGUGGUAUAAGGUUUAAGAUCACAGCAAUGUUUCAAUCAAAUGUUAUAGAUCAUGAAAUGUUAUGGAUUUAAAAUU